UCUUGCUGAGACACCCCCGAGCACAGGUUGGGCCACUCUUGCCUUUGUGUUCGAUGUCACUGGCUCCAUGUACGACGACCUGGUGCAGGUGAUGGACGGAGCCUCACGCAUCCUGGAGAGGACACUCAGCAGGAGCACCAAGCCCAUCAGCAACUACGCACUGGUCCCGUUCCAUGACCCAGAGGUGGGACCUGCCACCCUCACCGCAGACCCUCAGCUCUUCCAGCAGCGCCUGCGGGAGCUCCAUGUCCAGGGCGGAGGGGACUGCCCGGAGAUGAGCGUGGGAGCCAUCAGACUGGCUGUGGAGAUCUCUCACCCUGGCUCCUUCGUCUACGUCUUCUCGGAUGCUCGGGCCAAGGACUACGAGCAGCAGGAGGAGCUGCUGAGGCUGCUGCAGCACAAGCAGACCCAGGUGGUGUUUGUGCUGACGGGGGACUGCGGGGACAGGAGCCACCCUGGGUACCGAGUGUACGAGCGCAUCGCUGCCACCAGCUCUGGGCAGAUCUUCCACCUGGACAAGCAGCAGGUGACAGAGGUGCUGAAGUGGGUGGAAGAGGCCAUCCAGGCUUCCAAGGUCCACCUGCUGUCCACAGACCAUGAGGAUGGUGGGGAGCACACGUGGCCAGUCUCCUUUGACCCCAGCCUGAAGGAGGUCACCAUCUCCCUGAGUGGCCCUGCUCCAGGGAUCAAGGUUCAGGAUCCAGCAGGAAAGGUCCUGGAGAAAGGUCGAGGUCUGAAGGAACUGCUCAGCAUCCCCAACUCAGCCUUGGUGGUGGCCAUGGAGCCCUAUGAGCCAGGGACGUGGCUGGUCACGACCCGGAGCAGUGGUCGCCACUCUGUGAGGAUCACAGGCAUCAGCAACGUUAAUUUUCAAGCCACCUUCUCCACCCAGCCAGAAUUUGAUGCCAGCUGGCCUGGAGAGCAACCAGUGCAGGGUCUGCCCAUCUCCGUGGUGGUGAACUGCACUGGUCUGAGGCUGCCUGGGCGCUUGCAGGAGAUUGAGCUAUUCAACACCUCUGGCCAUGUCCUGCUCUCACUGCCUGUGCGGCCCCUCUCCAACUCCUCCUUGGGGCAGCUCUGGGUGGGCUCACCACUCCAUGUCCCCACAGGUGACUUUCUGCUGAAGGUGAAGGGUGAAGAUGCCCAGGGCCACCCCCUGCACCGCCUCUCUGGGGUCACCUACACCAGUGUGGUUCCUGGUCCACCCAAAAUGAACAUCUCCAACAAGAUCCAGGCUUACAACCGUGAACCACAGCUGAUCUCUUGCUCUGCACGGAGUGAGGUCCCUUUCCACCUGCAGCUUAGCCGUGGCAGGAUGAUGCUUGGGGAAGAGCAGCUCUUCAGGAAUUUGGGAAACAUCACCUGGUUGAUCCCUGUGGUGUCCAAGAGUGACGAAGGGUUUUAUGAGUGCACAGCCACGAGCAAGAUUGGAGUGACACGGGCUCAUGCCUAUGUCUCUGUCUCAGAGCCACCACCACGGCUCAUAGUCCCAGGCAACAUCACAGCCUCACCAGGCCAAGACGUGGUCAUGUCCUGCCUGGUUCUGGGGGAUGUGCCCUACAACCUGACAUGGAGCUGGGAUGGAAAAGCAGUACAGCCAGGGAAUGGCAGGGCCCAGGUGCUGCAGAACCACUCUCUGGAGAUCAGCUGCGUGCGGCCGGAGGACGGGGGCCAGUACGAGUGCAUGGCACGUAGUGCCCACGGCACUGCCAGGGCAUCACUCUGGCUCUUCAUCCAGGAGGCGCCGUGGGUGAAGGUGGACCCCAGCCCCCAGCGCUUCAGCAGGGGACAGGAGCUGCAGCUGAACUGCACUGCUGGGGGCCACCCCCCACCCCACACCACUUGGAAACGCUGGGGCUGGGCACUGGAGCAGGAUGAGAGGGUUUUCAGGGAUGCUGGAGGUGCCCUGCACAUCAGGGCUGCGGUCCCAGAGGAUGCAGGGAAUUACAGCUGCUAUGCUGACAGUGCACUGGGCUGGGACGAGCAAGUCAUCACCUUGGAGUUCUCUGAGCCUCCUGCCAUCCUGGCAGUGACACCCAGCCUGAAGGCACUGGUGGGAGAAGAUGUGACCCUGGAGUGCUGGGUUUCAGGGGCACCCCCACCCCACAUCGUGUGGUACAAAGGUGAGCAGGCGAUAGCAACAUUCCCACUCGGCACCCAGCGUGCUGUGCUGCGGCUGCAGGACGUGCGGGAGGAGGACGCAGGGCAGUACCUCUGUGAGGCUCUCAGCAAGGCUGGCAUUGCCUUGGACAGCACCGUGUUGGACAUAGGGUCUCCUCCUCACUUUCCUGAGCCCCUGGGUGAUGUGGAGGUCAAGGCUGGGGAGAGUGUGAGCCUGCUGUGCCACGUCCAGGGCUCUCCCCUGCCACGGGUCACCUGGUCCCGGCAGGAUGGGAAGCCCAUGGCAGGCUGGCAGGGACCACAGGGUGUUUCCAGCCAUCUGGAGGUUGCUGAGCUCCUCAUUGACAGUGUCUCACUGGAUGACCAAGCUGUCUAUAUCUGUGAAGCCCAGAAUGAAUUUGGGAAAAUUCAAGCGGAGGUCAAGCUCACAGUCACCGGACACGCAGCCCCAGAAAUAGCUCUUGCAUCCCCUGUGGUCCGUGUGCUCCCAGGCCAGCCCGUGUCGCUGCCCUGUGUGAUCCUGGCUGGAACACCAUUCCCAUCUCGCCACUGGCUGAAGGAUGGGCAGAUGGUAGCCCCAGGUGGACGCUACUCCAUCCGGGCUGACGGGAGCCUGCACGUGGAUGAGGCAUCACAGGGAGAUGCAGGGAGAUACACCUGUGAGGUGACCAAUGCCCUUGGCUCACACAGGCAGGACGUGUCCCUGGUCAUCCAUGUUCCUCCCAGCAUUGAACUUGGCCCUGUCCUUGUCACUGCCACCGAGGGAGAAGCUGUCACCCUGAGGUGCAAUGCCAGUGGUGUGCCCUCCCCUACUGUCACCUGGGCAAAGGGCACAGAGCCCAUUUUGCUGAGCCCACACUACCACCUUGACCCCGAUGGGACCCUCCUGAUCCCUUCAUCCUCCCCCGAGGACGCUGGGACCUACUUCUGCACAGCUACCAAUGCAGCAGGUUUCUCCAGCCGGGAGAUGCAGCUCUCCAUCAGCACAAAGCCCAGGAUCAGUGUGAAUGGAUCACAGGCAUCAGACCCUGUAACCAUCUGGGCUGUGCUUGGGCAGGAGACCACUCUGCCCUGCGAGGUUGAAGGUUAUCCCCCUCCCUUGGUGGUGUGGAGCAGGGAGUCCCAGCCACUGCCUCUUGUCACCACAAGCUACAGCAUCCUCCCUUCGGGGUCCCUCUGGCUGGCAGAGCCCCAGGUGACAGACAGUGGCCUCUACACCUGCACAGCCACGAACACCGCAGGGAACACCUCACUCAGCUACAGCCUGCACGUCCAAGUUCCCCCCCAGGUGCAGAUUGGUGAUGGGGAAAGCCACCUGACAGCUGUCACCAACACCUCCCUGAGGAUUCACUGUCACGUCAUGGGCAUCCCCUCACCUCAGAUCCAGUGGCUGAAGGAUGGACACCCCCUGGCUGAGCGGGACGGUGCGGUGAUGUCUGAGGAUGGUGGGACACUGCUGAUCACCCGUGUGGGGCUUGGUCAUGAAGGGCUCUACAUCUGCCAGGGCAGCAACUGGGCAGGCGUGGCCCAGGCAGAGGUGCAGGUUUCAGUGCAUGUGCCUCCCAGCAUUGAACCCAGCAUGGUGGACCUGGUCAUCCUGGAGAACAGCACAGCCUUCCUGGAAUGCCUGGCCUCAGGGCUGCCUGCUCCUGACAUCACCUGGUUCAAGGGGCAUGAGCAGCUCUCAGGCAGACUGGGACAGACCCUGUCCAGGGAUGGGAAGCUCCUGGAGAUCCAGCAUGCCCAGCUCUCUGAUGCUGGCAGGUACCGCUGCGUGGCCUCCAACGUGGCUGGUGUGACUGAGCUCUGGUACAGCCUGCAGGUCACUGUGCCCCCCCAGAUCACAGUUGGCCCCAGUCCUCUCAGAGUGGUGGUGAAUGAACCAGUGACACUGGAGUGUGAUGCCAGAGGGACCCCAGCUCCAGUGCUGCUGUGGCUGAAGGAUGGCAAUCCAGUGCCCAGUGAAACAGCAGGUGCACAGGUCCUGUCUGGUGGGCAUGUGCUGUCCCUGCCCACCGCUCGCCUCGAGGACUCAGGGACGUACACGUGUGUAGCCAGCAGUGCCAUGGGGGAGGACAGACACGAGGCCACCCUCGAGGUGUGGUUGCCAACCAUCACCCUGGCUGAGGAGGAGAACAUCUCUGUGGUUGUCAACCAGCCAGUGUCCCUGGAGUGUCCCACCCCUGGGGUCUCCCCACAGGGAUUUCGCUGGCUGAAGGAUGGGAGUUUACUCACACCAAAGCCAGAUGUGCAGCUGUCUGUGGAGGGGACUGUGCUCCAGAUCAGGCAAGCCACUGUGCAGGAUGCAGGCAGAUACACCUGCCAGGUGCCUGGAUACCUGGAGAGGCACUACAACCUCGACGUGUGGGUGCCUCCAUCCUUCUCCUCGGCAGAGCCUGCCACUGUGUCCGUGCUGGAGGGGCAGUCUGUCAGCCUGGACUGCGAGUGCCAUGGGAUCCCCUUCCCCACCCUGAGCUGGUGGAAGGAUGCACUGCCGAGGGCCCAAGGCAGCAGCAACACCCUGAGGAAGGUUUCUGUCAUUGAGGGUGGAGAGACAGUUCUGGAGUGUGAGGCCAUGGAGAUGCCACCACCCUCAGUGAUGUGGGUGAAGGAUGGGCAGCCUGUGGCCAGUGGGGAUGGGCUCCUGCUUACUGAGCAGGGGAGGAGGUUGCACAUCCCCAGGGCAGAGGUUGCCCAUGCAGGACGCUACAUUUGCCUGGUGGCCAACGCAGAGGGGCAGGAGCAGAGGGAGUUUGAUGUUGUGGUGCAUGUUCCUCCUGAGUUCGUUCAAGGAUCAGGAUUGACAAACAAUGUCAGUGUGUCUCUGCAAGGAUCCCUGAUGCUGACCUGUGAGGCCACUGGCAUUCCCCAGCCCACAGUCACCUGGUUCUGGAAUGGCUCUCCUGUCGCCCCCAGCGAGCACAUGCAUGUGCUUUCAGGGGGCUGGCUGCUGAGGCUCACCCAUGCACAGACCCAGGAUGGUGGUUACUAUUCCUGCCUGGCCAGCAACAUAGCUGGAGAGGCCAGGAAGAAUUUCUACGUGGAGGUCCUAGUUCCUCCCCACAUCGAGAAUGCAAGUGAACAAGAGACCAGCAAAGUGCCUGAGGGUCACCCUGUCACCUGGUCCUGCCUGGCUGCAGGCAACCCACAACCUAAGAUCACCUGGCUGAAAGACAACCACUCUCUGCCCAGUGGAGACAACUUCUCCAUCUCUCCUGAUGGCUCCAUGCUCCACAUCUCCCGAGCGUCCCUGUCGGAUGCUGGCCACUACUCCUGUGUGGCCUCCAGCUCUGUGGCAAAUCAAACGAAGCACUACCUGCUAGAUGUUUUGGCCAGUCCUACCUUUGUUGGAGAUGCCCAUGAUGCUCCUGCAGAAGAAGUCACAGUGAUCAUCAACAACCCUAUCUCGCUGGUCUGUGAGGCUUUGCCAUACCCAUCACUCAACAUCACCUGGUUCAAGGAUGAGGUUCCUCUCAGAGCAUCUAGAAAUGUCCUCCUGCUCCCUGGUGGCCACGGGCUGCAGAUUCUGAAUGCCCAGGAAGAGGAUGCAGGCACAUACAGCUGCGUUGUGGCCGAUGAAGCUGGGGAGGCUGUGAAGAACUAUGCUGUGAAGGUCCUGGUUCCUCCAUGGAUUGCCAGAGAUGACCCUUUGGGGGAAUUUGCUGUGAAAGAGGUGAAAGCCAGGGUCAACAGCACAGUGAUGCUGGAGUGUGAGACCUGGGCUGUGCCUGAGCCAACCAUCCGCUGGUACAAGGACAAGCAGCUCCUGGAAAGCACUGGACACCUUCAGAUCCUCAGUGAGGGUCAGGUCCUUCAGAUCAACCCAGCCAGUGUCUCAGAUUCGGGGCACUACACCUGUGUGGCCACCAAUACCGUGGGCGAAGAUGACAGGGACUUCAUCGUGCAUGUCCAAGUGCCCCCCCUCUUCCAGCAGCAGACAAGCCCCAAAGAAGCCCUUGAGAUCUUCUACCGGGAGGAAGACCAGGAUGGAGAGGUGACAGAGCACCGGCAGGCUGUCCUCGGCCAGCCCACCUCACUCUACUGCGACACCAGUGCCAUCCCACCCCCCCAGCUCACCUGGUACAAGGAUGGGGAGCCCCUCUCCCCUGGCCCAGGGGUGCUGAUACUGCUAGGGGGCCGAGUGCUGCAGCUGCCGGCGGUGCGGGAGGAGGACGCAGGCAGGUACACCUGCGAGGCAGCCAACGCUGCGGGACAGGAUCGCCUGCACUACGAGCUGGAGGUGCUGACUGCCCCAGCCAUCCAUGGUGGCACAGAGGACGUGGCUGAGGAGGUGACGACCACCGUCAAUGGCACCAUCCGCUUCAAGUGUGAAGUUACUGGGCACCCCAUGCCCACAGUGUCCUGGCUCUGGAAUGAUCUCCCCAUUGUGGUCAGUCCACGGCACCAGCUCCUGGAAGGUGGCACAGUCCUGCAGGUGGAGGCAGUGGAGGCAGGAGACACUGGCAGGUACACAUGCAUGGCCGAGAACCCAGCCGGGUCAGCUGAGAAGCACUUUGCCCUCACUGUGCAGGAAGCUCCCUGGAUGGUGGGCACAAACCCCGAAACCAUCGAAGGCAUCGUCAACGGUAGCGUCUCAUUGGUGUGCGACAUCCGAUCCCACCCGACCACAGAGAUCUCCUGGUACAAGGAUGGACAUGUCCUGCAGCUCGGUGAGGAGGUGACUGUCACCCCAGGCUCACGGGUGCUGCAGCUCCUUCACCUCCAGCUUUCUAGCUCAGGCACAUACACAUGUGUGGCACUGAAUGUGGCUGGCCAGGACGAGAAGCGCUUCAUCCUCACUGUCCAUGAACCCCCAGGCGUCCCAGACCCACAGCAGGAGACACUCGAAGCUGACAUGGGGACAUCCCUCAUCCUGACCUGCCAAGUCACCAGCAUGGCCAUGCCAGCUGUCACCUGGCUGAAGGAUGGGAGCCCUCUGGAGACUAGCCCUGAGCAGGGCCUGGUGUCUGGGGGGAGCCAACUCCAGCUCAGCCCCCUCCAGCCCUUCCACCAGGGCCAAUACACCUGCCUGGCACGGGGCCCAGGGGGUGAGACACGCAAGGACUUCAAGGUGCUGGUGCGAGUUGCCCCCCAGAUCACCAGUGCAGGAGUCCCCAGUGAGCACAGCAUGCUGGAGGGCAGCAGGGUGAGGCUGGAGUGCCAGGCAGAAGGACAGCCCACACCCCAGAUCUCCUGGCUGAAAGAUGGGCAGCCCCUGGGGCUGCAGCCCUCUUCACAUACCCGGAUGUCCUUGGAUGGCAGCUCUCUGCUCCUCGAGGGGGUCCAAGCUGCUGAUUCUGGGGCAUACACCUGCCUGGCCCGAAACAGCGUGGGGGAGGACACGCUGCUGUACACACUGAGGGGCUCCCACCUGUGGGGCAUCCCUCCUGCCAUUGAGAGAGGUGCUGACGACUCGGAGGUGGUCCUUGGAGUCCAGUCUGCGGUGGUGACACUUGAGUGCUGGGCACGGGGGUCCCCACCACUGCAUGUGAGCUGGAUGAAGGAUGGGCUGCCCCUCCGUCUGUCCCCUCAUGUCACCCUGCUCUCAUCUGGGCACGUCCUCCGGAUCUCCCAGGCACAGGUCUCUGACGCUGGGCGCUACACCUGCAUCAUCUCCAGCCAGGCAGGGGUGGCUGAUCGCAGCUUUGUCCUGCAGAUACAGGUUCCCCCCAUCCUGGAGAACCCCAAGAGCAGUGAGGAGCAGAUGGUGGCUGAGGGGUCUGAUGUCACUUUCACCUGUGAAGCCACUGGAUCCCCAGCACCAGCAGUGACUUGGCUGAAGGAUGGAAAGCCCCUGGGGCAGCAGAGUGACCAGGUGUCCAGUGGUCCAAGGCUGAGCCUUGUGGCUGUAGGGCCAGCUGAUUCAGGGGUGUACUCCUGCCUGGUGAAGAAUGAGGUGGGGGAGGCCAGCAAAGCCUUCCACCUCCUGGUGACAGAGCCACCACGUGUCGAGGCUGCAUCCCAUCCCACUGAGAUGUCCAUCACUGUGGGCACCCCACUAAAGCUGACCUGUGUGGUGACGGGUGUCCCUAUGCCUACAGUCACCUGGGAGAAGGAUGGACAGCUGCUGGCAGGGCCCUGGCUCGUGUCAGGGAAUGAGAGCACACUUCACAUCAAGAACACUGAGGUGUCCAAUGCUGGCUUGUACACCUGCCUGGCCACUAGCCCUGCUGGGGAGGACAGCAGGAGCUUCCAUGUCAACAUCCAAGCACCACCGAGCACCAAAAGAGUUGGAGAGAUCCCUAUCAUUACAGCUGUGGCAGGGGGACAGCUCAUCCUGGAGUGCCCAGAGGAUGAUGAGCCACCCCCACACAUCGAGUGGUACCGGGAGGGCACUCUGCUGCAGGAGGAUGGCCACAGGCAGGUCCUGGCAGGAGGGCGCUUCCUGCAGAUCCAGGCAGUGGAGGCAGCAGAUGGAGGGGAGUACAGCUGCAGGACCACCAACGCACUGGGGAACACCAGCCAACGUGUCCAGGUGCAGGUUCACGUGGCUCCAGAGAUCCAGCCUGGCCCCGAGGAGGUGAGGGCACCACUGAACAGCCUGGCUGUGCUGCACUGCCAGGCAGAGGGGUGGCCUGCACCCCGGGUGACGUGGCGGAAGGAUGGACAGAUCCUGCCCCUUCCUGGGAGCAACAGGCUGCAGCUCCUGCCAGGAGGCUCUCUGCAAAUCAACCCUGUCCAGGUCCAGGAUUCAGGCUAUUACCUCUGCAUGGCAUCCAGCCCUGCUGGCUCUGACCGGCGAGGCCUGGAUCUCCAUAUCCUGGUCCCUCCUGCCAUCGCCCCUGGGCCCUCCAACCUCACCCUGCUGGCUCAGCAGCCAGCCACGCUGGGCUGUGAUGCCUGGGGGUUCCCUGAGCCUCUCAUCAGGUGGGAGAAGGGCGGUCGCCCCCUGAACCUGCACCUCCCACCUGGCGCCUACAGCUUGCAGUCCUCGGGGUCACUGCUCAUUGUCAGCCCUGGUGCCCUGGAUCAGGGGAGGUUUGAGUGCAUUGCCACCAACACUGCUGGAGAGGCACGCAAGGUCUUCUUUGUGUCUGUCCACGUGCCCCCCACCAUCGCUGAUGACCUUAUGGAUGUGGUUGUCACCCGACUGUCCCCUGCAGUCCUCACCUGCUAUGCCUCUGGUGUGCCCCCACCCACAGUGUCAUGGACCAAGGAUGGGGCUCAGCUGGGCAGCAGAGGAGGGGGCUACCGCGUCCUGCCCAGAGGAGCCCUGGAGAUCAGGCAGGCACUGCCUGCACACACUGGCCGCUACACCUGCACGGCAAGGAGCACUGCUGGCACGGCCCGAAAGCACCUCUGGCUCACGGUGCACGAGCCUCCUGCCUUGAAGCCCCUGCCUGGCAUGGUGAUGGUGAUGGUCAACACCAGUGCAGUGCUGUCCUGUGAGGCCACAGGCGUCCCCCGGCCGCAGGUCACCUGGCAGAAGGAUGGUGUUGAAGUCACUGGAGGGUCUGGGCUGAAGGUGUUCCCCAAUGGGCAGCUACGUCUGCUCCGAGCAGCCCCAGAGGAUGCAGGCACCUACCUGUGCAUGGCUCGCAACCCCUCGGGCACCGCCGCAGGGAGGACCAGGCUGAUAGUGCAAGUGCCCCCCGUCAUCGCGGCUGGCCCGCUGGAGCUGGUUGUCCUGGAGGGGCUGGAGGUGCUGCUGCCCUGCGUUGCCCGUGGUGUCCCUGAGCCUCGUGUGUCCUGGAGCCGGGAGGGAGCACUGGUGCGGGGUGGUGGUGGGAAGGCCACCAUCCUGCCCUCUGGGGAGCUGCUGCUUCGCGAUGUCCAGGAAGGGGAUGCUGGGAGCUACUCCUGCACGGCAGUGAACUCGGCUGGGAAGGCAGUCCGUCGGCUCUUCCUCUCCAUCCACACCCUGCCGACCUUCAGCCGCCUGCCUGGAGACAUCACCCUGAGCCAGGGCGAGAGGCUGGAGCUGGCAUGUGCUGCCGUGGGCAGCCCCCAGCCCCACAUCUCCUGGGUGGCCAAUGGGCAGCUCACCACUGAUGGUGUAUCAUGGCAGAGUGGCCAGAGCAUCCUGCGACGGGAGGCAGCUACCCUUGCUGACAGUGGGACCUACGUCUGCCAUGCUGAGAACAGCGCUGGUGCCAUCAGGGCUACUGCCUUUGUUUCUGUCAGAGAGGCACCCACCAUACAGGGCGACCCCAGCACCUACCAGGUGGAGCUCCCCGGAGGUGAUGCUCUCCUUGACUGCGAUGCCCAGGGUUAUCCUGUGCCCCUCAUCCGCUGGAGCAAGGAUGGGGUACCAGUUGUGGCCAGUGGGCGCCUGCACCAGCUGCAGAAUGGAUCCCUGGCCAUCCAUGCUGUGGUGGGCACUGACGCAGGGCACUACCGGUGUGUGGCAGAAAAUGAUGCAGGCACAGCAGUGAAAGUUGUCACCCUGGCUCUGCAGAGUGCCCCCGUGGUGAGGGUGACACCAGGAGUGGUGGCAGCACAUGCUGGGCAGCAGGUGCUGCUGCACUGCACCGUGUCAGGAGAGCCCACCCCCUCUGUGGAGUGGCAACGAGAUGGGGAACCACUGCCUGAGGGUCCCCACGCCCGUGUCCUGCCCAAUGCCACCCUGCUUCUGCCUGCUGUUGCCCACCAUGACACUGGCAGCUACUCCUGCCUCGCUCGCAAUGCCCUGGGCUCUGCUGUCGCCCAUGCCUCUCUGGAUGUCCAAGGGGAGCCACACCGGGUGCGGGGCAGCCUGAUCGGUGUCAUCAAUGCCCAUGAGCUUGGUGUCUCCACCCUUGAUGCCAGCGUGAUGGAUGACCCACAGACUGGCACCACCACCAUCCAGAGCAGCAUCAGCAGCAUCCCACCUGCCAUAGGGCCACUGAUGCGGGUGCUGGUCACCAUUAUUGCCCCCAUUUACUGGUCCUUGGCACGCACCCGUGGGGCAGCCCAGAGUGGAUUCCUUCUCACCCAGGGCACCUUCCAGCAUGAGUCACAGCUGGAGUUUGCCACAGGGGAGCUGCUGCGAGUCACCCACCUCUCCCGGGGCGUGGAUGCCACUGGUGCUCUGCAACUGGACAGUGUGAUCAGUGGCUCUGUGCCAGAGAGCAUCGACAAGGCUGCAGUGCAGGACUUCAGUGAGCGCUACGUGCAGACGGGCACAGGGCAGCUCUCCGGGGGCUCGGUGCAGAGUUUCCUGCAGGAUGGGCACAUCACCCGUGCCCACUGCAACCACACCAUCAUGUAUGACCCUGCUGUGAGCCCACAGCCAUCCCGGGUUCAGCACCUUCGAGCCAGCACCAUCACAGCCUCCUACGACCCGGUCACAGAGGAGCUUCGCUUCCAGCUCCAAGCCUCACUCAAUGCAGGGGCUGAUGGAGACCAGUGCCCACUGGGAUUCAUCCUGGACCCUGGGCAGCUGUUCUGCAUUGAUAUAAAUGAGUGCCUGCAGUUUCCCCCACCGUGUGCCUUUGAGUGCCGUAACCUGCGAGGAUCCUACAAAUGCCUGUGCCCGCCCGGCAGGACCCUGCUGCCAGGUGGACAGUGUGGCACAGCAGGGACAGAUGGAGGGAAGACACCCCAGGGCACUCUCCUGCGCUGGCUGGGGCCAAGCAGCCACCCACGGGGACGGUCCUUCUACACCCAACUCGCUCUGCGCCGCGUGGCGAAGGAUGCAGGGAUGGGUUCCCAUGGCCUCUUCUGCCCCAUGGGCUACAUCAAGAGGAAUGGCACCUGCACCGACCUCGAUGAGUGCCAGACUCUGAACCAGUGCCAGCACAAGUGCAGGAACAGCCUGGGGCGCUACCACUGCCUCUGCCCCAGGCUCUGCCCCACUGGCUAUCGGCUGCUGCCCAAUGGAAAAACCUGCCAUGACAUAGAUGAGUGCACAGAGGGCACAAUCCAGUGUGGCUCGAGCCAGAUGUGCUUCAACACCCGCGGAGGUGCCCAGUGUGUGGAUGUACCAUGCCCAGCUGGGUACCGGAGAGGCCCCAGCCCUGGGGUGUGUGUGGGUCACUGCAGCCCGUUCUGUGGCCCAGCUGGGCCCCCCACGCUGCAGUACCAGCUGCUCACCCUGCCCCUUGGCAUCGCUGCCCACCGGGACGUGGUGCACCUCACCCCGGGCACUGCUCUCCGCCACCGCCCUGUCUUCACACUGCAGGAGCAGGACCCUGGCAGCCCCUUCACCCUCCGCACCCAGCAGGGCCGUGGCAUCAUCUCCACCCUGCGCCCGCUGCGGGAUCCUGGCACCCACCGCCUCAAGGUGCAGGCGCUGGUUCCAGGCGGGCAGCGAGCACCCAGCAUCUUCCUCCUCCUCAUCUCUGUCUCUCCCUACCCCUACUGA